AUGUUCAUUUUCAAAUCCGAGAUAUCGAUAACUUCCCAGUACUUUUUAAUUGGUUCUUUUUCCAAGGUUCCAAAAGCGUCAGACAACUCUGUUGGUAUAAUGACAACGGAAGGUAGUCGAGAUCUUGCGUUCGAUGAAUAUUUGGAUAUUAUCAAAUCGUUCAACGUGGAUUCUGCAGUGUCCUUUUCCGAUGAAGUUCCCAUCACCAUCGGGAAGAGACGCGGGAAGCAAAGUAUCGCUCGCAGCAAAGCGUGGCUGCAGCAACAACUCGAACGAUCCGAUAAGAAAAGCCGGAUCAUAGCGAACAUUCAGGCCACCGACAACAUGGAGCUGCUUCAAGAACAAAUUUCUUUAGUUAAUGAGCACAGCGACGAACUCUUCGGCGUUAACAUUUCAGGCCUCCAUCUCGGCGAAUCGCCGCAGCAGAGAGAGAAAAUACUGUCUGCGAUUUAUUCGUCGAUCCCCGCGGUUCUGGUUCGAUUUGUGACAGGCCCAAAUAGCCCUCGCGAAGUGUUGGAUUCGAUCCGAUUAGGCACAGACAUCGCUGUAUGCUCCUAUCCGGUGACUUUAGCCGAAAAAGCAUAUGCAUCAUUGUAUGAGCCGUUUUCAAUUCUUUAUUUACGCAGGUUUUCGAAUGAGUCGAUUUUCUGCAACGAGCAGGAAAAUAUUCAGCAGGAAACAAAGAUGAAUUUGUUAGACAAUGUGUACAAGGACGAUAAAAGUCUGCUAGUGGAGGGAUGCGAUUGCUAUGCGUGUAAGCGCUUUACAAAGGGUUAUAUUCAUCAUCUUUUUAAUUGUCAUGAGAUGUUGGGAGUUAUUUUACUAACGCAACAUAAUAUGCAUCAUUUUCUCAAAUUCUUGCAGAGUGUGCGGCAGAUGAUUCGGGAGGGAAGGCUUGAUGAAGCAAUUUCUCAUAAAGAAGGAGAUAACUAA